GCUACCCCAUGACAAGGUGGAAACAGUUCGACAUUACACAGUAUUGAAAUAGCAGCUGUUGGGCUUCUACACAAUGUAGUAUAAGCACAGGGGAUAAAACCAAGAAGCUAUUUGGAUGAUCAAGGGAUAAAACCUCACCUUUGACUUGCAAAACACCCCUGAUUUAGUCCCAGUCACCAUGAAUAAGAAUACUUGGAGUCUACAUGGGAAGAGCAAGAGUGUUUCAGAGGAAGCUCUGCAUCACAGCACUGAGGAUGAAGACUCUUGCCAGGGAAUGGAGCCCUAUCUCGUGCGGAGAUUAUCGUCCCGUAACAUUCAGCUUCCCCCGCUGGCUUUCAGGCAGUUGGAACAGGCAGACGGGGAUAAAAAGAAUGACACUGAGACUAUCCCAAGGCCCACAACUCUUCCACUGAUACCUCCUCUGAUUGCCAUUACAGCUGCUGAGUCCAGCAGGCUACUCCAAGAAUAUGACUGUGGAGUGCUUUAUGUCAUUUCAUUUCAAGUCAGGAAAGAGGCUGACUCCAGUAAACAGGUAUUAGCAGUUCUCCUGAAAAAGUAA